UGCGCUCCGGCAUUUCUCAAAAAUAAAAUAAAAUUUGUGCGCUCCGGCUCUUCUCGCGACCGGCCUUCUCCUCCUUCGCCGUCUUCCAACCAACCACUCCUCCCCUGUCCCAAUCCCAGAACCUCGCGGGCUCAUUGCAGCACACCUGCGCUGCGCGAGAUGGUCCCCGCAGGCCACCACCUCCUCCUUUUUGCGCUCGCUUCCCUCGGGGGCGCAGCGGCGGCCGGCGCCGGCGAGGGGUUCUGCUCGGCGGAACCGUCAAACGAUUGUUCUCAGUCGCCGCCGCUCUACUCGAAGGUCACCAGUCCCACUCUCGCACCCGUGCAUUUUCAAGAUUUACCUGGCUUCACACGUAGUGUGUACAAAAAGGAUCAUGCUUUAAUAACACCAGAAAGCCAUGUAUUCAGUCCUUUGCCUGAUUGGACCAACACGUUAGGAGCAUAUUUGAUUAGCCCAGCUCUUGGUGCACACUUCACUAUGUACUUGGCAAACAUGCAAGAUGGAUCAAAAUCAGCCUUACCACCGAAAGAUGUUGAAAGGCUUAUCUUUGUAGUUCAAGGCAGCAUUGCAUUGUCUGUGGAGAGCGGAACAACCCACUCCAUGUUGGUAGACUCUUAUGCUUAUCUUCCUGCAAACAUGAAGCACUCUGUGAUAUCAGAUAAACCAAGCACUCUUGUAAUCUUUGAGAGGAGGUACACAGCCAUUGGGGAUUACCAUGCUGAUCUAGUUGUUGGUUCAACAGAUAAGCAACCCCUCCUUGAAACCCCAGGAGAGGUAUUUGAGCUGAGGAAGCUGCUACCCACUUCUCUACCUUAUGACUUUAAUAUUCAUAUAAUGGACUUUCAGCCAGGCGAGUAUCUCAAUGUGAAGGAGGUUCAUUACAAUCAACAUGGGCUGCUGCUUUUAGAGGGACAAGGAAUAUAUCGAUUGGGAAAUAGCUGGUAUCCGGUGCAAGCAGGCGAUACCAUUUGGAUGGCGCCAUUUGUGCCUCAAUGGUAUGCUGCCCUUGGUAAAACCAAGUCUAGGUACCUGCUGUACAAAGAUGUCAAUAGGAAUCCACUGAUAUGAGCAAAGGCACUCACUCUUGAUGGAUGGCAAUCGUUCACCAUAGAGAGCUAUGAAGAGUUCUUCUAGAAGAUGGCCUCCAAAAGACAUUGCUCCAACUGCUUGCUGGCGAACUGCACAGAUUCCAGAGAAUCGGUGUAAUAAAAAUAAUAAUAGCAAAUGAGUACUUGGAAAAUUGUGAUGUUCAUGGCUGCCCAUUGGUGCUUGGAGGAUGAUAUGAAAUCUGAUACUUUUCUCCUU